GCUAACUAUGGCAGCAUUCAUAAGGCGAGUGCCUUAAGUCUGCUCACUACGAGUUUUCGAAUCGAAUCCCAGCGCCCUACGACCAGCAGCCAGAAAAUUCUCCAUGCCAAUGUUAUUAUAUUCGCCCAUGGUCUCCGACCAAGCAUCACAUCCUCAUACAGCGCCUGAACACCGUCAAACCAUAACCAGUCCCCCCUCAGUCUGCGUGAAUGUGCCCACAUAUAACUACCAUCGGCCUCUCACUCCAGAUCUCUACUAGUAACUUCUCACACCCUUUCCCUCCAUCGUCAAGAUGCCCUGCUGGCGGGCCAUGCAUGAGCAGGACAUUCGUCCUCUCAGAGACCUUCACCGCCCAGCCGGCACCUCCUAUCGCCUGCAUACUGGAAUCCCCAGCUAUCGCACUGCGGCGUCCACGGAGUGCCGAACACUCUGACGCGCCUACCCCUUACCACCAGCUCAAGCGCACCAUGCUGGAGAUAAGUCACGUCUCCCCAAACAAGUCCCCCGGUGCUUGCGGGAUGUCCGUCCAGCUCGCGACCCGGAUGCGCAGCGACGAAGGCUGUGUCGAGGAGGAGAUCGUGAUUGCCCGCAAUGAUAAGCUUGUGCGGAUGUAGCUACGAGGUAAGCCACGUUAGUUGGGCCUGGAUCUCGGCGAAAGCGCCAUACUGCGAGAGGUGGCCAGCGUGUAAGAGGAUGUCGCCUGCGGGAAGUGAGGAGCUGGUGGUCUUGUGAGUGUCGGAGAUGCAGACGAGGUUAGUAGGUUCUCGAAAUUGCUACUCUCGCUCGCAAUUACCUGCUUAGGGGUGCUUCGGCGGGGUGACAGUUAGGAUGGCGCACUGUGUGGUAGAGUCUGACCUGCAUAAGCUAUCGAAAGGAUUCGGUCCUGGAAUGCGGGAUUCCAGCUUUACCCGGUCUGCGAGAUUGAAAAGGAGGAAAACGCUCAAGUCAAAGGAGUUGUUUCUGGAGAGAAGAGAGAAUCCU